AAAAAAAAGCGUUCAAAUGGCGGCAAUUUCUUCGUCAAACAACAAUUCUGGAUCUAACAUCGUCCAGCAGGUGUCUACUAACUUCAAUCCUUCUUGGAUGCAACAAACGAUGCCGUCUACUCGAUCUGUUAUAUCAAAUCAACAGAAACCUGUUAAUGCUGAGGAGCCAUGUGACCCAAUCUUUGCGAAACAUAGUUAUGGGCGUGAGGAUCUCUUAGCGAUGAGAGGAAAGGACGGAGUAAAACCACCUUCUGGAAUCGAGAAAUGCCCGUUCUUUGUUGAGUCCUCACUGACUCCUGUUGUUCUUUUGCCGUUAACCGAAAUAGAAAUGCGUCUCCAACAAAACGUAAAUUCGAGCAAAGCACUAAGUGCAUAUAACCGAACUCAAGGGCACAAUGAGGCAAAUAGCGGAGGCGAGAUGGCCGUUGGUGGAGGUGCUUGGACUUCAACUGGUCGAUCAGGUUCUGGGUCUACAUCUUUUACUGCUCCAUCUCGUAGAUACCAAAAUUCUGACACCAAAGUUCCAAAUCGUUGGAGCGCUCUUAAUUCAUCAAACACUGGUGGUCCACCUCCUCAACGACAACAAUCUUGGAAAAAUGCGCCUAGUGGAAGUAGCGGUGGAAAUCUAGCUGGAAAUAUUGAGCAGCAAAGUUUUCAUGAAAAACCUGGUGCAAUUAAUCAAUUCGAAGGACUGAAUACCAUUGGAAGCAAAAAGAAUCAUCAGGGAUCAACAAUCGGUCAAGCAACAGAUCAGAAUAAAAGAACCAGUGAAUCGGUUUCUCUCAGUGAACAAAAAGACAAGCGUGUUGAGCAUUUCGACCAUUCAUCGUCUACAAAAAAUAUCUCUCCUGGACAAUUUGAUUCUUUCCCCACGAAUACUGCUGCGAUUUCAAAAAUUGAUCCUAUUGAAGCUACUGGGACAGUUGUUCAACCCGUUCAGCAGCCGGAUAAAUGGAAUUAUCUAGAUCCUAGCGGUGUACAGAGAGGGCCUUUUGAUUGUCAGCAAAUGCAGGCCUGGUUUGCAAGUGGUUAUUUUACGACUUCUCUUCAAGUUUGCAGACUUGGCGAUUCUAACUACCAGAAAUUGGGUGAUUUGUUUCUUAUCAACGGUGAACAUACUCCUUUCAUCUCAAAACAUACUGGAGGCAAAAGUCCGACUAUUGCAAAUUCUCAGAGACCUAUAGAACAAAGGCAAAAACAUUAACAUAUUAGGAUAAAUUGUUACUUAUAUUUUAGAAUUAGUC